UUUUGCAGAACUGGUAAGACUGUGCUGCUUCAUUUUCUCUACAACUGGUUGCGCAAUGGAAACCCCUCCAUCCAUCAGUUGCAUUGGAGAAGCUGGUUCUCCCCGGAACCAGAAACUGAUGCAAAUGCCUGAAGCAGUGGAAGGGUGUGACUAUGAAGUGUUCUUGAGCUUUAGAGGACCGGACACACGCCACGGCAUCACUGACUUUCUUUACCACCGUCUCAAAGAAGCGGGAAUCCGUACAUUCCUUGACAACGAAGAGCUUCGCAUUGGUGAAGAGAUCGGCCCGGAUCUCCUCGGAGCGAUUGAGCAAUCAAAGAUCUCCAUACCCAUCUUCUCUAAAGGUUAUGCUUCCAGCAAAUGGUGCCUUGAUGAGCUAGCUCAUAUGGUGGAUUGUAGCAAAAGGAAGGGACAGAAAAUCAUGCCCAUUUUCUAUCAUGUUGAACCAUCUGAGGUUAGACACCAAACCGAAGGCUAUCGUGAGGCCUUGCUCGAGCACGAGAACAAGAAGCGAUUCGAUCAUGCCACGAUUCAGAAGUGGAAAAAUGCUCUCGGAGAGGUUGCAGAGUUAAAGGGCUGGAAGAGAGAAACGAAGGCUAACAGCCACGAAGGUAAACUGGUUGAACAUAUAGUUACUGAGGUUUUAAGUGAGCUGAGAAAGGCUUAUUUGGAGGUUACCGACCUCUUGGUUGGAGUUGACCACAGUGUUGAAAAAGUUAUGGGGAUGAUAGGCACCGCCACUGAUGAUGUAAAGAUCGUGGGAAUCCACGGAUUGGGAGGUGUCGGAAAGACGACUCUUGCCAAAGUAGUCUACAACAAGCUUUAUCAGGACUUUCCUAACUAUUGUUUCCUUCCCGAUGUUAGAGAUACUUCAAACUCGAAAGGAAUUGUGCAUUUGCAGAACCGACUAAUUUCAGAUCUCUCAAAACAAACACAUUCAAGUAUUGAUCGCGAGGACGAGGGAAGGAGGAUGAUCGAGGAGAGAUUUUCUAGUAAGAAAGUUCUUCUUCUUCUUGAUGAUGUCAAUGAGGAGAGGCAACUGACUGCACUUUUGGGGAAGAAAGGUCGCUUUGGUGCUGGAAGCCAUAUACUAAUAACCACAAGAAAUUUGAUGUAA